AUGGAAGAUGCCGCUCAAGCCUCAGGAUGGCUGCAGCGCAGAUCGGCCGCGAGCGCCGCUGACGUCGGCCCGGCGCAGAAGAAGCAGAAGGUUUCCAUGGGGGCAGCCCGUCUGGUAGGCCCGGGCCCAGACCCACCGGGCCAUCCUCCUCUUGGGGGCGGGCUCUCAGCGGCUUUGGACGUGUUCACUUUUCAGCCGCAACCCUCCCCAGUGCGUGGCUCACAAUACUUCCGACCAGGGGCUCAUCCAGCAGGCCCAGCCGCCCCACAGCAAGCCGGCGCGGGUCCCAGCAUGGCUCCCGGCGUGGCUCCCGGAUGGCCCCCGCAAAGUCACCUAAUGGAACCCGCCAAUUUCCAAUCUGUGCAGUUUCAUCAGGCCCAAGCUCCAGCGCAGCACCUGACGGGCUACAUGGCGCCCCAUGUGAAUUCCCAGCCCCAGUGGCACCAGCAACUGCCGCCACCGCAACACCUGCAGCCGCAGCCGAUGCAGCAACCGCAACACUUGCCACAGCCGGCGCAGCAGUGCAGUGCCCACGCCUUGCCGCAGCAGGCGCAGCCGCACUACCAGACCCUGCAUCCGCAGCAAGUUCAGCCAGUGCCACCCCAGUGGCAACACCCUGCCCCACCGCCCGCGGCACCGACCGCGGUACCGCCCGCGGCACUGCGGACCACGGCACAGCAACAACAACCAUCGCCAGCCCACAUGUCACAAGGUAGUCCAAGUCCAGGGGGCACUUGGCAAGGACGUCUUGUUUCUGAUGACCACGUGAAAAGCUUUGAUGGCAACUUUGAGAUCGAGCUUCUGGGACGUGAGGGCUUCGUGCUUCACGCAUCGAAGAGGCUUCCCGCAAAGGUCUAUUCCGCCUUGCGGCAGUGGCCCGGCGCAAGGACCGCCACAAAGAAGGUCCAAUUUGACGCGUCCGCGUACUCCAAGGUCGUGCAGCGGCUGUUGGAUUUAUGUGGGCCUGGCAAGGUGCAGCUGCCACCCCAGUGGGUGCUGGCGACUGUGCCCAGCUUCCGCAGCUUUGGGAAAGUUCACAUCUGCAAGAAGGUGGCACACGUUUUGCUCGCGGAUGUGACAGGGAAAGUCCUGCCGGAGAACGCGGCGAGUCGAGAAGGGAACGAGGUGCUCCCCUACCAGCGAGAGGCAGUGAACUUUGCUCUUUGCCGCGGGGGCCGUGUGCUGUUGGCGGACGAGAUGGGUCUCGGGAAGACGGCGCAGGCCCUCACAUUGUGCGCUCAGUUUGUGAACGACUUCCCGCUACUCGUGGUCUGCCCAUCCUCUUUGCGGGGCAACUGGCGUGAAGAGGCUUCUCGUUGGCUGCCAGCAUCGGUGGUCGCAAAUCCAGAUCGUCACAUCCAAGUGGUGCAGAAGGGCGCAGACAAGCUGCGACGCGAUGCGCGCGUGGUGAUCGUCAGCUACGACUUGAUUGCGCAGCAGGAAGUGUUUCAGCAAUCUGCCCAUGGCAAGAAGUACCGCAUGGUUAUUUGUGAUGAGGCCCAUUUCCUUAAAACGCCAUCGUCUCAGCGUUCACAGGCGCUCCGCCCGAUCCUCCAGCAGACACGGCGGUGUGCCCUCCUCACGGGCACACCUGCCCUGGCGAAAGCCUCAGAGCUCUACUCGCUAUUGGACUGCUUGUUGCCGGGGUUGCUGCCUCCGACGCACAACAAGUUCUGCGAAAGGUAUUGCAAUGAGAAGACGCUGAGGAUUGGGCGGCGGCAGCUGAAACAAUGGGAAGGCUGUCGAUUGGGAGAUGAGCUUUUUGCCCUUCUGGAGACAGUCAUGAUCCGGCGCUUCAAGAAGGACGUGCUCAGCCAGCUCCCUCCGAAGCGACGGCAGCGUGUGGUGUUGGAAAAGCUGAGCAAUGAGCAGGGUGUGCUAAAAGAGCUGAAGGAGAAGUUGAGUGAGUUCCACAAGGAUGGGAAAGGAGAUCUCGAGGGCGGCGGUGGCGGCGGUGGCGGCGGCCAACGAAGCUGCGCAACGGAGCUUUUCAGGCUCACGGGCCUCGCCAAAGUGGACGCUGUCGCAGAGUAUGUCCAGUACUUGGUGGAGGCAGAGUGUCGGUUCUUGCUCUUCGCGCACCACCAAGAAGUCAUGGACAGACUGCAGCAGAAGCUCGAGAAGCUGAAGGCGGGAUUCAUCCGCAUCGACGGCAAGACGCCCUCGCAGCAGCGCGAGCAGCUCGUGAAUGACUUCCGAUCGAAUCCGUCGAAGCAAGUGGCCUUGCUCUCCAUCACCGCUUGCGGGCAGGGGCUCAACCUCCAGGUCUGCUCCACGGUGGUCUUCGCCGAGUUGCAUUGGACGCCAGGGACAUUGCUUCAGGCCGAAGACCGAGCCCAUCGGAUGGGCCAGCAGGAGUCCGUCAAUGUUCACUACCUCAUCGCCAAAGACACGCUGGAUGACACGCUCUAUCAUAUGCUGGAGCGAAAGCAGCAUGACGUGGGCGUCAUGGUUGAUGGGCAGGCCUCCAAAAUCGGUGCUGAGAACGUGGGCUCCAAGGGCACCUUCUCCAAGUCCAUGCAGCCCAUGAAUGAGGCGCCUGCAGAGCCGGCCGAUGCCCCGGCGCCCGAUGCUGUUCCGCCAGCUUCCUCGAGCGGCGUCAAGGACGACCCCCGGCAGCUUCGGCUUUGCUUCGCGAAGCCCGCGCAAGAGGAAGGGGAUGCAGAUGGUCCUGAGGAUGCCAACAGGUCGCAGCCAGUGUCGAUUGAGGUGGACUGA